AUUUACAGACUGAAUGUUAAAGAAGAAAAAGAGGACAUUUCCUAUCAUUUUCAUUGUUGGAUAUAUAGUGGAUGUGAAAAUGAGUGAUGGAAUAUGAAGAAUGCUGUGUAAAAGUUGAGAGGAUAAAAUACUGAUGGAAGCCCUUAAAGAAAAUGAAUCUGGAAAGAAGAACUCUAAGAUGUCUCAAAAACUAAAGAAAAAAGAUGCUGAAAAUGACACGGCCAAUAAAGUGAUAUCGAGGUAUAGGCUUCCUCUGAUUGGUUCGUCAGGCAACAGAACUACAGCGAGGCCCGCUCUAUCCACACCUAAGCAUCCUCUUCAGGCCGAGACAAGAAAAUGUGGUCAUCCCCCCAUCUCCUCUGCUGCCCUCACUGACAGCAUGGCACCCUGGGAAGGAUCCUCCCACUCCGAGUCCUCUUUUACCAGUUUCCAAACUCCAAUUUCACCCUUUUCUGCUGCCCACACUAUGCCAAUCACAACACAGGAACCCCAUCCCCCACCACUCCCCUCUCAAAUCAAAAACACUCAGCCUGAGAAUGGGCAGAGUGCCAGGGUAAAACAUAAGCCCCUUCCACCAAGAUACCCCACUAGACCUCCCUGUUUGCCCCCUCUGAGGCAAGUCACAAAUCUAAGCUUCUCGCUUAGUUUCACUUUUUCAUUUUUUGAGCUGCCGGUUCACCAGUCAGCACGGAGAAGGGAGGAGAGACUACGAGAUCUAACUGUGUUACUAAAGGAAUUUCAGUACUGAGGAAAAACAUGGUAAAUCUUGUGCAGAAAUGUGUCAAGUUCAGAAAUAUGGAAAGCUCAUUUACAUCAGACUCCUAGAAUUACCAGGACUAGACUGCAAACAAAGGAGUAUAUGUAUCAUUUGUUCCUUAGAUUAAGAUGAUCAUGGAUAUAUUUUUAGCUUGUAUAUUGUUUUAUAUUCUGUUUAGAGUGCAUAUUUCUGGUUAAAAGUAUUUUAUUUUUAUUUAUUUAGUUACGUCCUAUACCAUUUUCUGUCAAGCACCAGCGAUAUAAAC